AUGGCGCCCCUGAAGUCGACCAAGAACGAGCAACGCUUGCAAGCUGCGAUUGAUCCAAGAGUGCAGCAUGCACACGCCGCGCAGGUCAAUGUUACUGUGCGAGUGUUCUCCAUGCUACUCCUGGACGCGUCACAUCAUGCUUCAAAACGUCGCUCGCGAGAUCGAGCGCCUGAAACUCCAGAUCUUCUAGAGAUCUCGAACGUAGAGAACAACGAUGUAAGCCAGCACGAGCCUGGGCAAAAGGUGCUUGAGCGGGAGUACUUCUUACUCAGAGUUCUGCAUGCUUGGAAGUCUCAAAGGCUCGAUCUCGCAGACCACUUCUUUCAAUGCAUGUCGAAAGUCAAGAUACCUGACUGUCCCGAAAGUCGACUCCUCUGCAUCAAGGUCGCAGAUUUAUGCUACGAAAUGGCAAAGGCUCAAUGCCGGGCCAAAGAUAUAUCUACCGCAUUAAAAUGGUCGGAACGCGGCUUUGCAGUCUUGGAGAGGUGCGAAGACGAAGACUUUGGUCAAGAGGCAGUCGAGCUUCGACUCAGCAUCGCUGUAGCUUUGGUCUUGCCUAUCCUCAGACUCCGUGUGCUGACAAAACAAAAUCAUGUCGACGCGGGUGAGGUCUCUGAAGUCUUGCAACGCUUGGUGCGACUGGCAAUGCUCACGGAGGAUAAUUUCACCAUCGUCAUGCAGACCUUGCGAAAAGCCGAGCAAAUCUCGACCGAGCCGGCUUUGCAUGCUUUACGAUUGUUCAUAUGCGACAGGCUAUUACCAGAAGUCAAGUCAGCACAAGCGAGAGAUCCGCAGGUCAUGGAGUGGCUCGAGAAAACGAUCAUCACCUACAUCCUUUUCGUCACAGGCGGAAACGACUUUGCGUCUGGCAAGCAAGCAUCUGAUGUCAAAGACCUCCUCGACAAAGUCGAGCAAGCGAGUGGUGCUAGUCUAUCGACGAAAGCCACUCAUGCAGCGCAGACACUCAUCUGGAAAGCUACAGGUGGCUCAGACGAAGACACACCGAUUGCAUGUUGCAGACUUCUACAGCAUCCAAUUUUCGAGCGCGCCGGUCAUAUUAACAAAGCUCGCAUCGGACGCCGGCUCAUGCGCAUCUCGCUGAAGCAAAACGAUCUCCCGGCGGUUCGCGAGGCACUAUACAACAUGCCAAGCACAUCUCAGGCCGACCCUGCUACGGCAUAUCUUGCAUUCAAAACAGCAUUGCAAUCGGAUGACCAAGAGCUGGCGACCAACAGUCUGAAGACGAUAGUGAAGAAUACGACCGAAGAUCCUGCUUACCUCUAUGCGGCCGUUCUCGAUGCGCAGCAGUCCAAGAUGAAACUCAUGGCACUGGCAUCACUCAAAGCUCUCAUUGAUCAGAAACCUCCGGGGAUUCAGAUGGCUACGUUACUACGAUGCACUGCAAGACUGCUCAUGGCUGAGGCAGACUUGCCAAACCAAGACAUCAACGCAAUUGCUGAAGAAGUCGUAGCCAUUUUCGAAAUGGCUGCAAAAAGCAUCAACGAAAUCCGCAAGCUACCAGAAGAUCAGCUCCGAUCGGAAAUGCUAUGGUGGUCAAAAAACGCCUACAACCUCACCCUCCGCUUCUGUCCCUCAGUUCAUCCAGAUUUCACCUCUCGCAUGAUGUCCGUCUGCUUGACAUUUCUCGACCACAUCCCCAAACACGCUGGCCUCAUGCACGAAAUCGAACUCACAAAACGCAAACUCCUCUGCCUCUUCCUCUCAACAACCGCCAAGAUAAUCCUCGCCCGCUCCAACUCCGAGAACAACAACAACAACGAAGAAUCUCUCCAAUACUACCUCCAAGCCCUCACCAACAUCCAAACCUUCAAAUCCUGCGCCACCACCCUCUCCCCCGAAGACCAAGACCCCACCACCAACGCCCACACCUUCUCAAUCCUAAAAUACGAACUCGAAAGCAUCCUCCACCUCCACCGCUGGCACGACCUCCCCUCCUCCCUCCAAUCCUGCAUCGACUUCACCCCUGUAACAACACGUUGGGACACCCUCGCCGAUAUAAUCAUAAUUCUACACCCCCAACUCACUUCCUCCUCCUCCUCCUCAGAAUUACUCCUCACCCUCCUCCAAAAAAUCAUAAACGAAACCUGGAAAUCCGACGAAAGAAAAUCCAUGUCCAAAGUCGCAAGAUGGUUGAGAUUCACCUUGACGUUUUCCCUCGAGGAAAAAAACAACAACGACGACUUCGCGUUGAAAUUACUGGGACAGGCGGCUAUCAUGGCCGAAAAGGGGGCGAGGGGGAAACAAGAGGUUUAUCCGGAUGCCGAGUUGAGGUGGUUGGCGAGUCGGGGGUUUAAUCAUGGGAUUGAUUUGAUUAGUGGGAACCCAGGAGGAGGAGGAGGAGGAGGAGGAGGAGAAGAGGCGGAGAAAUGGAUGGGUGCUGCGUUGGAGGUUGCGAGGUGGGUGGAUGAUGAGGGGCAGUUGCAUAAAGCUUUGUAUGAUUCGAGGGAGGAGGUUAGGGAGAGGGUGAAGAGGAUGGGAAGGGAUUUGCUGUAA